CAAGAAUCUUGCAAACCACCAAUCGUGACUUAUCUGCCAACUGCCUCUAGAGCACAGUGACCCAGUCGCUCUUUUAACUGUUGCGCCUGUUUAUCUGCUAUUUGAGAUUACCACUACCUAUAAUGCGCACUUUCAGCCCCCUCCUUGCGCUGCUCUUCACCUUCCUCUCCACGGCAUCCGCCCAAUUCGGCUUCUUCGACCAGAUGUUCGGCGGGAACGGUGGACAGCAACAACAGCAGCAGCAGCGCCAACAACCGCAGAACGUGCCGAGUGACGCGUCCAUAUAUCAGAAUCAUUGGAACUUGUAUACAUGUGACAAGUACUUGUGUCCAGAUACGUUGGCAUGUGUACACUUCCCCCACCACUGCCCCUGCGCCUUCCCCGCCCAAGAAGACAAAUCCGAGACGGUAGACGGCCACCGAAUCUGUAUAUCCAAGGGCGGAUUCAAGGCAGGCGAGGCGGCGCGGAAGGUCGAGUUGGCGCGGAAGGGCAUGUUAUGAGCUCGCAAACUACUUAGGUGGCCAGCUUGGAGAUUACCGGUGCCUUCUAUCUCGUUAGAACACAACUACCAAACCGCUUGAGCGAAGAUACGGUUUGGACGGGAAACAGCACAACAAAUAAAGUAGCCAAGGUAUCGAUUCGAGGUUUAGGAGGAGACCAUGAAAGGGAAGGCGUAUAUGGGCCAUACGAAGAAAUAAAAAAGGUAUAUUGACUCGAGAAUCGAAUCACUGGUGUCUUUCGUGGUCGUAUCACGCCCGAAGCCCCAGAAAGUGGACAGGGGGGACGCCUAAUUUACCAUAUCGACAUUGUUCUAAAGAGCAACAAUGGAAAUAUCAACAAGGACUCUGUCAUGGUGAAGAUGUUCCCCGUCUAAUCGAGACAACAGAGUAAUAUCGAGAAAAUACAGCACCGCGAUUUCGCAUAUUAAAAGCCCAUAUCAAAACAU